CCCCCUUCUCGUUCCCCUUAAUGACGCUCCAUUUAUGACGUUGAACUAAAACUUUUUUCGUUUUAUAGACCCAUCCAUUGUUAGACAGCGUGUAAUCUUUUCCUUCUGCCGCCAUGUCCAGCAUAUCCAGUGCGACGUCCGCGUCCACUGCGACCUUCAUAACUGCGCUGGUUUUCAAUGGCGCUGUAUUCGGUAUCGAAAUCGCAAUAUUCACGCUCAUACGACCUUAUUUUAAGGCAAUCUACGAACCACGAACCUAUGUUCCACCAAAAGCUAGACGAAUUCAAUCCCUCACCUCAGGUGGAAAGCGAGCAUUUGGUCUUAAAAACGCUCUUUCGUGGCCACUCGCAGUAUUCCAAUCAAAUCAUCAGGAUAUCAAGCUUGCUAAUGGGCUUGAUGCAUAUUUUUUCGUGCGGUACCUGCGGAUGAUGGUUGUCAUCUUUCUUCCCAUUUGGAUCCUUUCUUGGGUCGUCCUCCUUCCUGUGACUAGCGUAAACACGCAGGUCAGUGGGAACACCAAACUCAACAGGUUCAUCUUUGGAAACGUCGCCCCCGAUAAAUCGGCGCGAUACGCUGCACAUAUCAUCAUGGCCUGGGUCUUCACUGGCUGGAUAUUUUUCAUCAUCUGGCGCGAAAUGAGGCAUUGGCUGUACACUCGUCAAUAUCAUCUUAUUGACUCCACGCACUCGAAAAGUGUCCAGGCGAACACGGUUCUUAUCACCGGCAUUCCUCAGAAGUAUCUUACCCACGCCGCAUUACACAAAGUGUUCGACAUACUUCCUGGUGGCGUCAAGAACAUCUGGAUCAAUAGGGACCUUAAGGAAUUGCCAGACAUAUACGAUCGUCGUUUGAAAGCUUGCAACAAACUCGAAAGUGCAGAGAACAAGCUUCUAAGCAUCGUGGCCAAACGACGACUCAAGGCGGAUAAACAAUCUAGCAAAGAGAAAGAUCCGGAAGCUCAACCGUCUGCCGUUGUGCCUGAAGAUGAGCGACCCACCCAUAAACUUGGUUUCCUCGGCCUCUUUGGUGAAAAGGUUGACUCUAUCGAAUGGGCGCGUUCGGACAUACGAGUUUGCAAUGAGCUCCUUGAAGCCGGCCGUGCUAAGAUUCCUGGGUACAAUGCGCAAACCUCCCGUCUCAGUUUCCACCCCGACUUCGACGAUGAUGGCGACGAUGAUUUUGGUGGGCAAGGAGGCAUCAUUGGAACAGUUGGAAAAGUCGGUAACGUUGUCAAACGGAAGAACAAGAAAACCGAGCGUGAGCCCCAGGAAGCUCGUGCAGAGGAGCAGUCGGUAGAUGCAGCAGCCGCCAUAGACGACCCUUACCCCGUCAGCAACAGCGCCUUCAUCACAUUCCGCAAACAGAUAUCCGCGCAUUUGGCUGGACAAUCUUUGAUUCAUCACGAACCGUACAGGAUGAGCUCUAGAUAUAUUGAAGUCGCGCCUUCCGAUGUCAUUUGGAGUAAUCUGUCUUUGAAUCCUUUCGAGAUCAAAAUACGAAUCGCUAUUAGUUGGGCUAUCACCAUUGCGCUGAUCGUCUUUUGGGCGCUUCCAGUUGCCUUCAUUGGUACCAUCUCGAACAUUCAAUCUGUUUGCCAGAAAGAGAAAUGGCUUGCCUGGUUAUGUAGCCUUCCUUCCCCCGUCGUUGGAAUCAUCCAGGGUAUUUUACCGCCAGUGUUACUCGCAGUUUUGAUGAUGCUGCUACCGAUAUUCUUGCGUUUGCUUGCCAAAUUUGAAGGGAUUCCUAAACGCAGCGGCGUUGAGCUUAGUUUGAUGACCAGAUAUUUCAUAUUCCAAGUUAUUCAUUCGUUCCUAAUCGUCACCCUAUCCUCAGGCAUUAUCGCUUCACUCCAGACUCUUACUUCGAAUCCCACUAGCAUUCCAUCGACAUUAGCGAGUAGUCUUCCUCAGGCGUCCAUCUUUUUCCUCACAUAUAUCAUCCUUCAAGGUCUUUCUGGCACAGCUGGUGGAUUCCUGCAGAUAGUUCCCCUCGCUAUCUACUAUGUGAAGCUUUUCCUACUCGGCAGCACUCCCAGGAGCGUCUGGGGUAUCAAGUAUGGCAAGAGAAGUGUAGCUUGGGGCACCCUGUUCCCGAACACCACCCUUCUUACCGUUAUUGCACUCGGUUAUUCCGUCAUUGCACCGAUUAUCAAUGGUCUGGUCUGCGCCACAUUCUUCGCCUUUUACAUGCUCUACAAAUACUUGUUCCUUUGGGCUUAUCAACAAGACCUUAGCACCGAUACUGGGGGUUUGUUUUUCCCUAAAGCGAUACAGCAUUUGUUUGUGGGGUUGUACGUGGAACAAGUCUGCUUGGCUGCGCUAUUCUUUUUGGCUCGGGACGAAAACAACGCGGCCAGUGCGAUUCCUGAAGGAGCAUUGAUGAUUGUGUUACUCAUCUUUACCGCAUUCUUCCAAAUCAUCUUGAACAACAUGUAUAAUCCGCUGAAACAUGCCCUUCCCCUCUCAAUGUCUGAAAAGAUGUACCACGAAGAAGAUGUUACUCCCGCCGUACAAGAUGAAUCAAGUGCGAGCGCGAAAGAUCAGGGAUAUCCUAUGGACAGGGUCGAAAGUAAAGGCGUACGCGGUGCUAGCGUCGAUGAUGACCGUCUCAAGUUGCAAGCUUCAGAUAACGACCGGCAAUCGAACGGUGAAGAUUCUACCAAACCCACGCCCGAUCGAGUCGCUCCUCGUGCAGAGGAAUCGUAUGGGUUCUCACAUCCCGCGGCAUCCCGACCACAGAGAACCGUGUGGAUUCCAAAAGAUCGUUUGGGUUUGGCCCAAGAGGAGGAGAUUGCGUGUCGCGACAAGGGUAUUGAUAUUAGCACCAAAGAUGCUGAGAUGAAUGAAAAGGGCAAAGUGAAUCUUACUGGUGAUUGUCAACCACCAGAUUUGGUCGUAGAAUAGGGUGUUGCAAUCAGGUUGUGGUCGGUCCGUUGAACUCUUUCAUUUUUGCGUUUUUUAUCCAUUCAAUGCCCGCAAAUGCCUCUCUUCCAUCUUUUUUCUUCGUUUUGUGCUACGUACAUGUACAUACAUACAUAUUUCUAUAACAAUUUCAGCACUACGCGCGCCAUCUCUCGCUACAUACAUCGUAAUGAUACUGCCACAUUUUACAUUAUUUUACAUGCAAUAACUCUUUAAACAAUAUUCUGUGUAUUCAAUGUAGUGUAUGAGUAUGAAUAUACCCGUGUUCAGA